UCAAGUAGUCGGCCUUCUGAAGCCUAAAUCCUAGGUUACAAUGCUUAGCUAGUGCAUGUCUCUCCCCGCUCUCUUUACGUGUGUUUACUGUGCUAUGAUUGCAAUUUCAUUUGCUAACUGGGAGCCCGGAGCAGCAGUGGCGCUCUAUCAGCUGUGAGUGCUGUUCCGCGGCGCGCCUGCUUGUGACAAGUGACUGACUGCUUCGCGCAGCCUCUGUGAUCGCAAGGUGAGCCAAUGGUACGACACAAAAGUGUAACAAGAUGCACGUGACCAUUUCAAUAUCAAGGUGAAGUGAACUGCGGGCCAUGAAUAUUUUGAGAAACAGCAGAGUAUUUGUGAAUGGAGUGGAAACGGAAGACUGAACCGGAUUGUACGUAUAUCGUCACCAUGAUUGCGAAGCGAAUGUGGAAGAUCUGGAAAUGGGGGAUCGCCAGAACGGUGGCGGCGACAGUAGCAGCACACGGAAACUCGGUGUCUGUGGGGCUUUGCCAGGGCUACUCGGCGGUGCUUCUGCCCCAGCUCCAGCAAGACGGAAGUCAGCUGAUGGUUACAGAUGAAGAAGCCUCAUGGAUUGCCAGCCUUGGAGUAAUUUCGAACCCCAUUGGCGCUCUCUUGGCCGGAUUCCUGAUGGAAAUAUUCGGCAGGAAAACGACAGUGAAGUUAACAUCUCUGCCCUAUAUCAUCGGAUGGGUCCUCAUCUCUUUGUCAGACAACAUAUUCAAACUCUACGCUGGCAGAUUCAUCUCCGGACUGGCAGUCGGAAUGGCUACGGCCAGCUACGUGUACGUGGCCGAAAUUUCCCAGGCGGAGCAGCGAGGAAUGUUGUCGGCUAGCGGACCUGUCCACGUUUCUCUCGGUGUCCUGGCCGUCUACAUCCUCGGUUUCAUAGCACCAUGGCAACGAGUGGCAGCUCUAUGCACCCUGUGCGCGCUCCUUAGUUUCAUCGCCAUGUGCGCAGUCCCGGAAAGUCCAGCUUGGCUGUCUUCUCACGGAAGGCCCGCGGAAGCCCUUUCAGCACUUGUGUGGCUCAGAAGAAAUCCAGCGACUGCUGAAGCUGAAUUAUCUGAACUGAUGGAAACUGUAGCUAAAGAGAAGAAUAAUAAUUGCCUCAUAAGUCCGAUAUCAAGUAAGAGACGUAACAUGCUGGCAGUCAAGAAUGUCCUGAAACCAUUUCUUCUGCCUACAGCUUGGAAACCAUUUAUAAUACUGUUACUUUUCUUCGCGUUUCAAGAAGGUUCUGGCAUCUAUAUUAUCCUGUACUAUGCUGUUAAUCUUUUCCAAGAAGUAGGAACAGGUCUCAACGAGUAUGUGGCGUCGAUAGUUGUAGGAGGUGUCCGCCUAGUGAUGAGUGUAGUUGGAGCCAUUCUUAUGAACAGUUUCGGCCGAAAGACACUAGCUGUUGUUUCCGGGUUAGGUAUGGCCAUAUCUAUGGUGGUCGGUGGCGGUUAUGAAUACUUCUACUCCCAUCUGCCACCAACUGAUCGGCCAUUAGCUUGGGUUCCUCUGAUCUGCGUCCUAGGACAUGUAUGUGUUAGCAUGAUGGGGUUCCUUCAGCUGCCAUGGAUGAUGAAUGGAGAGUUGUUUCCUCUUGCAAUUAGGGGUGUAAUGGGUGGAAUAGUUGCAUCAUUAGCCCAUCUGUUUAUUUUCGUUUCUGUGAAGACAUACCCAGAUCUUAUGCAUGCUCUGGGCACUAACGGUACUUUGUGGCUCUUCGGAGCAGCUGCACUCUUGGGAGCUGUGUAUUGUUACAUGUUCCUUCCAGAAACAAGAGGAAAAACGUUACGAGAAAUUGAACUGGAAUUCAGUCCAAAAGAAACGUGUAAUUGUGAAGAGAAUGCUAAAACAAGAUACACAAUGAAAAGCGAGCUUAGUGGAUGUAAUAAGAAUGAGUUCAAUCGUGUUGAAAAUGGGAGAACUCCUGAGAACUGUGAUAUAACAGAUGUUUUCACAGUGGAGGAGCGAUACGCUAAGUUUAAACGUGAAGGAAACGGCACUACUACUUAAAUGUGUUUAAAAGCCCAGGCUACUCAAACUGUAAUCAGUCGCAACUCUCAUGAAUACAUCCGGAACGUUUCCAUGAAACGUUCAAAUGUGAUAAGUACUCAUAAAUCACCGUCAUCAAAUCCAGAAGACGGAAAAGAAAAUUCACAUCAUGCACUGUGCUACUUAGUGGGUUCUGGCAGACGCCAUAAAUUAUAGGCUUUUUAAAGUUAAAAUUAUUCCGCGCUGAAUUAUUAUCCUUCCUCGAUAAAGAUUAUUUGGCACAAUUUUUCACUUGUAAUAUCUGGAAUAUAUAUAUAUAUCAAUUGUCGUUACCAGCUGUUAAAAUUUUAUUGUACGUGUUUAUACGAGCAAAAUGAAUACGAAUAAGUUUUCUUAAUUUGUGUUUCAGACUUUUAUGUUUAUCAUAACUUGAACAUAUGAUUAUAUUUUAAUAUGCUUCAGACAAAAGUAAAACUAUGUAUUCUUUAUAUUUAUUGAUUGUAGGCGCAUUUUGCAUCCGUACAUAUUUCGAGUCCUUACGAAAUUGCACAGGAUGUUGUGUAAUUGCGACAUAAAAUGCUGCUAAAUUACAUAUAAGAAAGCCUAAAUUUGUAUACACAUGACCGAAAUUGAAAAUAAAUUAAUUUUCGUUUUAUGAUCGAUUUUUAAGGAAAUUGUUCUUUUCGGAUAAAGAGGUGUUUGUGUAUGCUGACAAAACUGGAAUAUGUUACAGUGGAUUUGCUGAUUUUGUCUUUCAUUACGAUUCACUGUUAAUGUUGAGACUGAUUUUUAGUUUUUGCACUGUGUGGAUCACUUCGACCUUGAAGAUAGAAGCAGUAACUACCUCCGAAACAUCGCCCACAUCCACAUGGUGCAAAUAUCUAACAGCAGAAUUAUAUUCCCGUGUUACAGUGGAGACUCAUUUGUCAUACGAUAGAUGGCAAACAUAAUGAAACUCUACAAGGUGUAUCCGGUACCGAGAUGGAAGCUAGGUAUAAAUAUUCAUGAAAUCAUGUAGAAAUGAAUAAUUUUAUACUUGAACUCAGUUAUCAGAAUUUAUCAUCAGGCAUGUAACUAAACCAGAAUUUAGGAGUAUAUUUAUUCAGAAUUACUGGGUUUUUUGGACCUUUUCCAUCAUCCGGUAUUCUAGAAAAAAUAAAACACGUUUUGGAAACUUGAUCUCUUCCCAUCCUAAAGUGAGGGGGGGAAAGACACGUACUCAGUUGGGGCCCUUAGAAAUCACUAUCAAACACUAGUCUCUAGAAUAUCGGAUGAUGGACAAUGCCCCAGAACCUAGGAAUUCUUAGUGUUAUUCACCAUCAUAAGAGCCCUUUAGAAUCUAGCAUAUUUACCAUUUAGAAUUACAAGUUACUAUAAUAGUAAUAUGUCUCAAUAGUCAAUUUUCUGAAGAAAACUGAUAUUAAAAUUUUCGACAUCUCGAACAAAGUAAAUCUGUACAGAACUCACCCUUUUUUCAGAAUACAGGCCUAUUCAGUGCAUAACAGUAAAAAUUAUACCUUUGCAUUGAAUUUUUAUCAUAUUAUUCAUUCACAUAAACACUAAAUCUUGUUAUAUAACCAUGAUAUUGUAACGUGUUUGGAGUAGAUACUUCCAUGGCAACACAAUCACAGUGGACUGCUGCAUAGACAAUGCUGAAACAACGAACGCGUUUCCCCGGAGAUGAACAACAGAAGGCCAUUGAGUACCAACGGAUGAGACAAAACACAUUACCGCCGUAAUCUAUAGAGAUCGUUCGAGAAGCAACGGAUUGCCGAACAAGUGAGAUCGAACCUUGGCGAAUGGUGUCUCGUAUCCGGUCCGCAGAACACCUACAUAAGUUGAGAGCGACAGAGCUACAGGACAACAGUCGAGAUCUAGCCUUGAUACAAGACAGUUGGAACCUAGUCGAGACGUCGCAGAAACCACAUGAUACCACAAGCGGUAAUACUUGUAUGGUGUAUAAUUGUGAGUGUCCAAUAAAGAUUCGCUGAAUCCGAGACCCACUUGAAUUUAUUUGUUGCAUGACAUACCCAACAUGUGACGAUAUCAUAAAAAUAUUAAGACUCAAAGUCAAACAUAGCUCAUGGAAGAGUCAGAUCAAUUUUAAACAGACUUGUUACCAACCUUUCACUUCAAAGGAGUUACAUCAGCUACACAGCAUGAACUGAACGAUACAUAAACAAUAGUUCGUAACAAGACAGAAGAUAAUUGUCUAUACGGCAGUGGUUGAUUCAUUACAGUGACAUCAUGUUGGUAUAUUGUUCGUUAAGUUAGAUUUCAUAUACAGCAAGUUUCGGGAGUUGACUCUACUUCAGUCUUCUUGUGAAUUGUUAUCGUACUGACAAAUUUUAAAUUACUUUUUUUUUUAAUUAGUGGUUAGUUUUCUAGCCUGAUACCAGAAGAUCCCAAGUUUGAUUCCAAACAUUUGCAGUAAUGUUAGAAAAACUAAAGUCUGAUCAGUAUAGAGGCAGCCAGUCACAUGAAAUGGAUUAGAAGUAACUCCUGAAUAACAAUAUCAAAUAUACUCAGACAACUGCCCAUAACUGACACAACCUUGGUAUAUACCUAUAUAUUAAGGGUUGAUACAAAAUUAAAAUAUUAACAACUAGGCUUAGAUUCUUAAGUUUUUAUUUGAAUAAGGAUGAAUUCAAAACUACAUGACUGUGAGCAUGAUCAUUUACAUAAUAAAUGACACAAAAUAUACACUUCUUGCAAUACGUUCAAUAAAUGGUAAGUUCUGGAAUGCCAAAAAUUGUUUUUGGAAUUUGUGGCUUUUUCUUAUUAUUUUCUUAUUGUACUCUCCAAGUCCAGGGUUAACUUUACCAUUACCCUCCCCAUACUCUCAUGUGUCCAAUUUUGGACAGUUAUGGAGUUAUGACCGUUUUUUCAUUCCCGUACACGCCCUUGUAUGAACCGCGUC